AUGCGCUUCAGUCUCUUCUUCCUGUCAGCCCUUGUAGCCAGCUGCUCUGCCGUGGCGAUCCCCGGCGAGCACUCUCAUGAGCAUGACCUCGUCAUGGACAUGUCUCCUGUUCCCAGAGGCGUCUUAGACAAGCGCGACUCGUACGACUGCAAGGGAAGCUCCCUCUGCUCCUCUCUCAAAGUCGCGGCCUGCGACGACGCGGUGAACAACAAGCUCAUCCGUAACAACGACGUCAAUUAUGGCGCUCCGGGGAGUGGGAGACCCAAGACGGGAGCUUGUUCCAAUAUCUUUGGCGGUUAUGGGUGUGGAGUCUUUAUCCAGGGCAAGUCCGGUUGUGCUCGUACCGGCAACCAGAUGUGGUAUGAUUACCAGGAUAUCCGCGCCAACGGCUGCAGAGUCUGUGGUUCCAAGCACUGGGGCGACGGGUGUUUAACUACCAUCAACUACGUUUCUGGGUGCUAG